CACCCGGCUCCCCAGUUCAGACUCCUCAAAGGAACCCUGGUGCUGACCGACACCCCUCCCCCUGUCAGUCAGUUGCCUGCUGUAAAUUAGAUCUGCUUUUAAAGUUAAGUCCCCUAGCAGCUCCUCACAUCACGCUCUGCAGCUCAUCAAGGUGGUGUUUGUUAACACAGGAUUAUCAAAGGCUUGUUACAGUAUUCAAGUGAAACAAUCGGCUCAACAGUGAUAGCAUCAGCUGGCGUUGGCUGAUUAUCAGUUCCUCUACUCUGGAAAGACUUUCUCGUCACCGGCGCGGUGCAAUGUUUCAUGAUUGAGGGAUUCUGUUUGAUGUGGUGUGUAAUAAUGUACUGUCAUGGCUAAUAGUGUGUGACAUUACAUGAUGCCAGGUCUUUCUCUCACUCUCCCUCAGGGCAGGAGUUGCCAUGCCAUUUGGCUGUUUGACGCUCGGGGAAAAGAAGGAUUACAACAAUCCCUCAGAGGUGACCGAUAAAUAUGACCUGGGACAGAUUGUUAAAUCGUAAGUAUUCUGUUAGUAGUCCACCUGACUGAACAACAGGAAAUACAGGAAACCCAAUAUCAGCCCUCUAGUCUUAGUUUUGUCUUUGUCCGAUAUGGUACCAGAUAAUUAGAAAAUGAAUUAACUUUAAAGAAAAUACUUAAAUAAGGACAAAUGCUUUAUUCAAGUCCACCUAGGGAUGCUCUUACCAUGGCCAUCAUUAUGAAAUUGUAAUCAAGGGCUUUACUAAAUUAAUUUAGAAAUCCAUUUAAGUUGACCUUUGAUCUUUAUAAAUGUUUGGUUUUGUGCAUUUCCUUUUCAGAGUGGAGUUCUGUGAGAUAUUCAGGGCCAAGGACAAAAAUACACUGAAAAUGUUUACUUGUAAAAAGUUCCUGAAAAAGGAUGGAAAGAAAGUUCAGAAGGCUGCAAAAAACGAGAUCCUCAUUUUAAAGAUGUGAGUUUUUGUUAUCAACUUUAAACUCAGCUUUCUGUCAUUUUACAUCUGCGUUCACAAAACUAUUCUCUGUAAAUACUUUUUGUUUUAUAAGAGAUGGUGUAUUGUUCUAGUAGGCUAUGUGAAUCUGUGGACAUCCAUUAGAGCUAGCAUCAUUUACUCCAACUUUGUUUAUCUCCAAAUAUUUUUCUCACAUUAGGCUUCUUAUUCAUCAUCAGUGUGUGGCAGGCUCCCUUUCAUUACCUCCCUCUCCAGUAAACAUUAGCAUAACCUGAGCAUUAUCAAACAAUUUGUUACAGGCAGAAGGGAACUCAAAGAAUACAGAUGAAAAAGCCAAUGCACGAAAUGGAAGAUGAAAGUGUCAUUUCUUGAAGGGUUAUCUAAUACGUGGAGUCUUUUCUCCCGAUACACAAAAGCAUGACCUUCAUAGGGCUUGCUAUUUCAAUUGGUUUCUUUGAGCUCUGGAACUGGAGGAUUUGAUAAAUAUUCAGUGAAUGGAAAAGAUACCAUUCCAUCAGUCCAAUCCCCUGAAGUACCAUUGAAAGCCAGCAGCACACAUACCACAUACGGCCAAUGGUUUCCAUGUUGUCUAACACCUUAUGUGUAGCGUUAAAGUCUUCAUUACUCAUUGCCUCGCUGACAAAAAAACUCACCAUGAAGUUUCUUAGCUGGUGUGAACGUUACCAUGGUCACGAUCAAACACACCAUACUGUUCUGCCGCGUGGUCGUCCUUGCACAUAAAUGCCCUCAUCAAUUCAACUCAUGCAUAAAGUACAGUACAUUAUUUAUGGAUAGACAUUUUUCCUUUAUUAACCCAGGCUGUCGCAACAUAUGUUUAAGCAUGCAGAUCUCACAGUUCUUUUUGAAUUAAAUUGAUUAUAUUUAUUGCUGCAUUUGUUCCUGCACAUGGUUGCUGUUCCUCUCGGCAUGGCUGACUGUUGUUGUGUUUUAUUCAUGAGCAUUAAUGUACCGUUAUACCGUACUGUGUGUCUCAAUGAAGGCAUUCCCAUCUCUCUCCACCUCUACACUCCUUCUAACUCUCCUCUCUCCCCCUGUGGCCUGCUCUCUCCAGGGUGAAGCACCCCAAUAUUCUUCAGCUGGUGGAUUUCUAUGAGACCAGAAAAGAGUACUUCCUCUUCCUUGAACUGUGAGUUGAGUCAUCUGAUUGGUUGAGAUUGCGUUCCUGUCAUUGUGGCAGCAGGGGUCUAUGUGUUGAUUAUGCACUCAUAGGGAAUGAGCUGUAGUAGCCUAAGGCCCUGUAAAUAUGAGCACUGCUCUGAACUACCCUUCUGCAGCCUUCAUUUGGUAUUCAGAUAUGAUUCAUUUCUGCGUGCUCCAGUUUUUCAUCAGUCUGUGUUCUUGGGGAUUUGAUGCAUUACCAUAGAUACAUUAAAUGUGACGUGCUCUAUCAUAAUCAGUUGUAAGUCGUGCUAGCUCAUUAGCAUAAAACAUGCAUAUUUCGUAAAAAAUAUUGGCAUGGCCUGUUGUUGGAUUAAAACAGAAUUCACUAGAACAACAUGUUUUCUAGCCAACUCAAUUCAUUUGAAUGUCGAAAUCAUAGUUUCAGUACACUUUUAAAGCCUCAGAUGAUAAGAAGAUCCACCUUUCAAAACGAGUCAUUGGCUAGCUAACAGUCAACUGACAAGCUAUCUAUCUAGCUGUUUAGCUGGCUAAUACAACCACAAACUAAUUUUUUAACAUAUUAACUAGCUAGUAGCACAUUAUCUUGUCAAACUGUUAAAUGAGUAGCAAGCCAGCUACAAUGGAUGCCAAAUAAUAUGUUUUGUACAGUGGGACUUGCGUUGCAAAGUGCAGAUUGCAAUCGGCACUGUGAUGAAAACCAACAACAAACUUUGGGGGUGAUUUUCUCUAAACAGCUGAUCAGGGAGACCUCUGUUGUAACUAGCUAUGCUGCGCUCAAUUUGAACAGUUAAUAGACAAAUUCUAAAUCGUUUUGAAGCUAAGAAUCUCCUCUUUCCAGCAGUGUAUAAAACUCUAAAUGUGUUUUGGGGUCAAUAUGACUGAUUCACAAAUUCACCAAAUAUAUAAUACUCAUCUCCUCCAGGAUUGCAUUGAUUUGUGGGUCUUUUAUUCUGAUCAUGAGGUAAACCAUCAGAGAUCAGAGGAGAAACCAAUGUUGAAAUUAUUGAAAUCAUCACAUUAAGCAGGUUUGGUGGAUUCUGUGAUUUUGUCACGUUUUAAUGUCUUCGCUCUUGGCAAGGGUGUCAUUUUAUGGUAAUUGCAUAGUAAUCCAAACAGUUUUUUUUUCAAACAUUCAAAGUGUCUCUGUGUCAGAGACUUCAAAUAAAGUUGUAUUAUUGAAAAGGAUCUGUGGAUUCUUUGAACCAGAGACAUUGUCAGGCUCAAAGCACCUACUGUACGUCAGCACCAUGCUUCAUGCCACUCACGUUCUCCCCACAGUGCUACAGGCAGAGAGGUAUUUGAUUGGAUCCUGGACCAAGGCUACUAUUCAGAGCGCGACACCAGUAAUGUGGUCCGUCAGGUGUUGGAGGCUGUGGCCUAUCUUCACUCCCUGCACAUUGUCCACAGGAACCUCAAGGUACUUAGCCCUAGGCCCUUUGAUGGUGAAGAGGAGGACUACAAUACACUGUAAAUGCCUGAAUGUUGAUCACCACUGCUUAUUUUAAACGCCACUGGGUCUUUUAAAGUAAUUUUUGACUUGUUUAAUUGGGUUGAAGUAUAUAUAUAUUUAGGCAAACAUUUCUGAAAAGGCACAUGUUAUUAUGCAAAUGUUUUAUGCAAAUGUGGUUGAUCAGAUUGAUCUUGCUUUGUUUGAACUAAAACAAUUGGACUGUCAUUUUUAGACACUUGUGUGACGCUAAAGUAAGAGUUUGACUGCUUCAAUAUUUACCAAUGAUGAAGUCUGUUCUAAGUCUGUGUAAGUUUUGAAUGAGAUUACUUUAGCAAAACUUUAGCAAACUUGGACUGUCGUCCUGUUCCUUUUCUCAGCUGGAGAACUUGGUAUACUUUAACCGCCUGAAGCACUCCAAAAUAGUGAUCAGUGACUUCCACCUGGCAAAGCUGGAGACCGGGCUCAUCAAAGACCCCUGUGGAACCCCAGAGUACCUUGGUAAGGACUGGGGAAGGAGUGGGGGAGGGAUUAGUACCUGAUUAAGGGGGAGUACAGACUGCCUGGGAGAGGGAGCACAACACAGGAUGCUCACUUGGACUUGUGGGUAUCUUCGAGAGUAGGUUUUGGGGAACAGUUUAUGGGAGUGCAGGAAAGCAUAUGUGAGAAGAAUCUUUAACUGUGUUUGUGUCCCUGCAGCACCAGAGGUGGUUGGGAGACAGAGAUACGGCAGGCCAGUGGACUGCUGGGCCCUGGGUGUCAUCAUGUACAUACUGUGAGUGGUUUGAUUAUCAGCAUAGGGAGCCCAUUAUAUACAGUUGAAGUCGGAAGUUUGCAUACACUUAGGUUGGAGUCAUUAAAACUAGUUUUUCAACCACUCCACAAAUGUCUUGUUAACAAACUAUAGUUUUGGUAGGUCGGUUAGGACAUCUACUUUUUCCAACAAUUGUUUACAGACAGAUUAUUUCACUGUAUCACAAUUCAAGUGGGUCAGACGUUUACAUACACUAAGUUGACUGUGCCUUUAAACAGCUUGGAAAAUUCCAGAAAAUGAUGUCAUGGCUUUAGAAGCUUCUGAUAGGCUAAUUGACAUAAUUUGAGUCAAUUGGAGGUGUACCUGUGGAUGUAUUUCAAGGCCUACCUUCAAACUCAGUGCCUAUUUGCUUGACAUCAUGGGAAAAUCUAAAUAAAUCAGCCAAGACCUCAGAAAAAUAAUUGUAGACCUCCACAAGUCUGGUUCAUCCUUGGGAGCAAUUUCCAAACGCCUGAAGGUACCACGUUCAUCUGUACAAACAAUAGUACGCGAGUAUAAACACCAUGGGACCACGCAGCCAUCAUACCGCUCAGGAAGGAGACGCGUUCUGUCUCCUAGAAAUUAACGUACUUUGGUGCGAAAAGUGCAAAUCAAUCCCAGAACAACAGCAAAGGACCUUGUGAAGAUGCUGGAGGAAACAGGUACAAAAGUAUCUAUAUCCACAGUAAAACGAGUCCUAUAUCGACAUAACUUGAAAGGCCACUCAGCAAGAAAGAAGCCACUGCUCCAAAACCACCAUAAAAAAGCCAGACUACGGUUUGCAACUGCACAUGGGGACAAAGAUCGUACUUUUUGGAGAAAUGUCCUCUGUUCUGAUGAAACAAAAAUAUAACUGUUUGGCCAUAAUGACCAUCGUUAUGUUUGGAGGAAAAAGGGGGAAUUGCAAGCCGAAGAACACCAUCCCAACCGUGAAGCACGGGGGUGGCAGCAUCAUGCUGUGGGGGUGCUUUGCUGCAGGAGGGACUGGUGCACUUCACAAAAUAGAUGGCAUCAUGAGGAAGGAAAAUAAUGUGGAUAUAUUGAAGCAACAUCGCAAGACAUCAGUGAGGAAGUUAAAGCUUGGUCGCAAAUGGAUCUUCCAAAUGGACAAUGACCCCAAGCAUACUUCUAAAGUUGUGGCAAAAUGGUUUAAGGACAACAAAGUCAAGGUAUUGGAGUGGCCAUUACAAAGCCCUGACCUCAAUCCUGUAGAAAAUGUGUGGGCAGAACUGAAAAAGCGUGUGCGAGCAAGGAGGCCUACAAACCUGACUCAGUUACACCAGCUCUGUCAGGAGGAAUGGGCCAAAAGUCACCCAACUUAUUGUGGGAAGCUUGUGGAAUGCUACCCGAAACGUUUGACCCAAGUUAAACAAUUUAAAGGCAAUGCUACCAAAUACUAAUUGAGUGUAUGUAAACCUCUGACCCACUGGGAAUGUGAUGAAAGAAAUAAAAGCUGAAAUAAAUCAUUUUCUCUACUAUUAUUCUGACAUUUCACAUUCUUAAAAUAAAGUGGUGAUCCUAACUGACCUAAGACAGGGACUUUUUACUAGGAUUAAAUGUCAGUAAUUGUGAAAAACUGAGUUUAAAUGUAUUUGGCUAAGGUGUAUGUAAACUUCCGACUUCAACUGUACUACUACAAGAGGGGUGGGUUGUGAGUCUGCUCAGAGGAUGGGGGAUUUGAAAUUAUACAGACGGGCAACAAGAAUACUGACUGUACUUUACUGAAAGAGACCAUCUUCACUCUACUCCACAUGGUAUGCUCAAAAGCAGUACGGGUAUCUUAUUUAUAGGGUAUUGCCUGCUGGAAUACAUCAAAUCUUUACAUCACAUUUGUGCACAUGACAAUGCAAGCUGAUAAAGAGCUCCUUUUGUCUUGUGGUCCUCAGGCUUUCAGGCAACCCUCCUUUCUAUGAGGAAACUGAUGAUGAUGACUAUGAAAACCAUGACAAGAACCUGUUCAGGAAGAUCUUGGCAGGGGACUAUGAGUUUGACUCUCCCUACUGGGACGACAUCUCAGAGUCAGGUACUUUUAAGAUGAAGUAGAUACACAGUAGACUGUAUAAACAACAGCUUACUGGGUAAACAGAAAUUCAAAAGGGAGGAUUUUAUCUGUUCACUUUUCACGUUCAAAACCAUAUCCUGUUUGUUUUCUGAUUCCAUCAGGAGUAUUAACUGCUGUUUGUUGAGAUAUUGCUUUUAUUGUGUUGCAGCAAAAGGCCUGGUAGCCCGUUUGAUGGAGGUAGACCAGGAUCAGAGGCUGACUGCUCAGGAGGCCAUCAACCAUGAGUGGUAUGGAAAUACACAUUAACACAGUAGCCUACUAUAGGGAUAUACCACAAGGCCACAGUACUAUGGAGAUAUACCAGAUGACCACAGUGAAGUGAAAAUAAACCAGAUUAAUCUAGAUUAUUGAUGUGUAAGUAUGAUGUGUCCGUGUGUUCUUAAAAAUAAAUACAUUAAAAAAGGUUGUUAGUGAUGCUGUUUUAUUAGUAUUACUCACCCCCAUCUACUGAGCUGUCACUUGUAAAUGUCAAGAGAAGAUUACAAAGCCCCAUUAUAGUGAAGUUCCCUUUUCCCCGUUUAUCUCUUCAGGAUUUCUGGAAAUGCAGCCUCAAAUAAGAAUAUUAAGGAUAAUGUCUGUGCACAGAUAGAGAAGAACUUUGCCAAAGCUAAGUGGAAGGUAAGCCUCUAUUUUUAUCUGUUCCAUUUCUUCAUCACUGAAGGAGAGAUUGGCGGAAACUAUCACACAUUUUUUAUAUACGUUUUAUGGGCCUUGAGAAUUUGAAAUGGGAUAAAUUAUUUGUAACAGUGCAAGUAUAAGGCUUUAGAAUUGGCUACAUAUUCUGUAAAAGUGUUAAAAUAUAUAGUAACUAGGCGCCUUGGGUUGAGUGUGUUCUGCGACUGCCUCCCACAGAAAGCGGUGCGGGUCACUACCAUCAUGAAGCGACUGAGAGCUCCAGAGCAGAGUGCUGACUCGGGGGCAACCAUCCCAGCAGUAGCAACCAGCCCUGCAGCAGGAGAACCAGCCCCAGCUCCAGCAGACCCCCAGGCUCCCAGUGACCCCUCAGCAGCCACCGCUGCUGCAGCCCCAGAGGGGGAGCCUGCUGCCGUCACAGAUCCCCCUGCUGGCAUGGAGGCCGUGACAUGUGAUGCCACUCCCCAGGCUGCAGCAGAGGUCACAGCUCUACCACCGCCCCCUGAGGAGGCCAGCCCAGUGGAGGCCCCAGUGGAAGCCCCGGCCCCGGAGGAGGUUGAUCCGUUGUCACGGUGUAACGGAGAGGCCCCGACUCCCCUCCAACCAGCAGCUGAAGCUGGGGAUGAGCAGGGUUAG